AAAACGUGACAAAACUCUUAUUAAACCAACCCAAAGAUUUACCCCCCAAAACCUGAGAUCUUACAAAUAAUAAGAUCUCCAAACAGUACAAGAUACAGAGAUACACUUGAUGAUUAUCCACUGAUGAUCAUAUAUCUCAGAAGUUUAAUCUCUCUAACAGAUGAGAGAUAAUACAACAAAACUAGACGAACAACAAACCCUAAUUACAACUAGAGAAAGUGAACGUGAGAGGUGAAUACACAGAACAAUGACAUAAGACUCUUUUAUACCAACAUCUGUUACAUUUACAUCCAGGCCCCUCAAAUGUUACACUGAGGACCCUGAACCUCAGCAACAAAUGAUCGCAAUUCUCAGCAACAUAAGAAUGUUACACUUUAACCCCUCAACAUUUGUUACCUGCACAUAACAACUUGUAACAGACUUAUGUAACAAACCUUUUGUAACAACUAUAAAUAUCCAACAUAUGAAAUGACUAUUAUAACAUCUAUUUUUAACAAUAAUAACAUUGUAUAAUUGAAUGAUUAAAUGCAAUAAGGUGUACGCAAUGUUCACAAUCUACUACUCUUAUUUUAUUUGAUGUAUAAUAAUUAGACGAUGUAUAUUCAUCAAUAGAACCUUGACAAGAAUGAUAUGUAACAUGCCUAAAGCGACCUAACAUAAACAAACUUAAUUCUCUUCUCGGUAGUUUAGAGCUAUACGUGACCGCAGUGACUCGUGGAUCUGCAUCUUCGAUGCGUCUCGAUAAAAAGCCUAGGAACAACAUUAUAUGGGACAAUGUAAAACUUCUAACUUUUAAGUCUACUCCAAGUUCCAAUUAUCAUCUUUUGCUAUCUCCAUUGUCGGCAAAUCUUUUUUAAUCAACAAGAAUUAAGGACAUAAUCUUUGUGCUAGAUAAGGGCACGUGCAGCAAUCUUUAAGAAGAUUGUAAGGCAGUCAGUAGUGACUGAUUGUACCAUUUCAUUGUGUAUAUCCUUGAAACAUAAAGUUCUCAAAAUCUGACAAAACUCUUUCCUUUUUCAUUCCAAACACACUUUCAUGUCUGUGCCCAUUACCUCACAGCCUGUACUGUUCUUCAAACUGGAUAUCAAGUCCAAAAUUUUACAUAAUUCCAACCAAUACCCAUGUGAUAUUCUUCCGUUUUAAUCAUUCCACCACCAACAAUCAUCUUCAUCCUCACCAGCAGAUUUUCAAGAUUUCUUUAGGGUUUUUGCUCUUAUCAUCAUGUGGGAUUCGGAGUCUGAUUCGGUUGCUGGAAGAGAUUAUGAUAAUGGAGUCAUUUCUGCUACCAAACAUGGCGUCCAGACCGAUCGUUUCGAACAAAGAGGCAAAUCUUGGUUUGUUGCUACUGAUGUUCCAAGUGAUUUCUUGGUCCAGAUUGGUGAUGUUUGCUUCCAUUUACAUAAGUAUCCCCUGCUUUCAAGAAGUGGGAAAAUGAAUAGAAUCAUAUAUGAUUCAAGAGGAAUAGACUUGAGCAAGAUAGCUAUGGAUGACAUACCCGGUGGCCCGGAAGCCUUCGAACUCGCUGCGAAAUUCUGCUACGGGAUCGCGGUUGAUCUGACCGCCACGAACAUCUCCGGGCUCCGAUGUGCGGCCGAGUAUCUGGAAAUGACGGAGGAUUUGGAAGAAGGUAAUCUCAUUUUUAAAACAGAAGCUUUUUUAAGUUAUGUGGUUUUAUCAUCAUGGAGAGAUUCCAUUUUGGUACUCAAAAGUUGUGAAAACUUGUCUCCUUGGGCUGAGAAUCUCCAAAUUGUUAGGAGAUGCAGCGAAUCUAUCGCUUGGAAAGCGUGCGCGAACCCUAAAGGUAUCCGGUGGCAGUACACCGGAAAACCUAUGAAGGUUUCUAGCCCGGGCUGGAAUGAGAUGAAAGAUUCUAGCCCGAGCAGAAGCCCGGUUCCACCAGACUGGUGGUUUGAAGAUGUUUCGAUUCUUCGAAUCGAUCACUUUGUGAGGGUGAUCACCGCAAUUAAAGUGAAAGGGAUGCGGUAUGAGCUCAUUGGAGCUGCGAUAACGCACUACGCUACUAAAUCGCUUCCCGGGUUGAUCAAAGAGUCAGGGGCUAGUGGUUUACCCGAAGAAGGAAGUAGUGGCGCGGUUUCGGGUCAUUGGAAAGGGGGGUUACACAUGAUUGUAGCUGGGAAUAGAGAGGAUCCAACAUCAACUAGCCAAAUGAGAGAUCAAAGAAUGAUAAUUGAAAGCCUUAUUAGCAUAAUUCCUCCACAAAAAGAUAGUGUCUCAUGCAGCUUCCUUCUUCAGUUACUACGAAUGGCUAACUUGAUGAAGGUGGCUCCCGCGCUUGUUACGGAGCUCGAAAAGCGUGUCGGGAUGCAAUUCGAGCAGGCCAAUUUGGCUGAUCUUUUGAUCCCUUGUUACAACAAAGCUGAAACAAUGUAUGAUGUUGAUUUGGUUCAAAGGCUUUUGGAGCAUUUUCUAAUUCAGGAACAGAUGGAAACCGAAAACCCUAAUCGUCAAUCGGUGCACGAAGGGGUUCAAAGGAUUAAUAGCUCGAAUGCGAAGAUGAGAGUUGCUAGGCUCGUGGACAGCUACCUCACCGAGGUCUCGAGGGAUUCGAACCUUUCUUUGACGAAGUUUCAAGUCCUUGCCGAGGCGUUGCCCGAAUCAGCAAGAAGCUGCGACGAUGGAUUGUAUCGCGCUAUUGAUUCAUAUCUUAAGGCUCACCCGACCCUCUCUGAACAUGAACGUAAAAGACUAUGUAGAGUCAUGGACUGCCAGAAGCUUUCAAUGGACGCUUGCAUGCACGCUGCACAAAACGAGCGGCUUCCACUCCGAGUCGUGGUGCAGGUUCUCUUCUCUGAGCAGGUGAAGAUCAGCAACGCAAUCGCAAGCAACUCAGUUAAGGAAACCGGGGGUUCACACUACCAACCAAUGGUUCAAAACCGAAAAACUUUGCUAGAAGGAACUCCACAAUCGUUUCAGGAAGGAUGGGCCGCUGCGAAAAAGGACAUAAACACUCUCAAAUUCGAGUUGGAGACCGUGAAGACGAAAUACUUGGAACUGCAACAUGACAUGGAAAAUUUGCAAAGGCAGUUUGAUAAGGUGACUAAACCGAAACAACAGUCCGCAUGGUCUAGCGGAUGGAAGAAGCUGAGCAAGAUAACGAAGCUUAGUACGACGGAAAAUAACGUUGAUAGUCCGAGUAAUGCAGCACAGGCUCGAAAGGCUCCGAGGAGGUGGAGGAAUUCGAUUUCGUAAACAUACAUAAAAAAAUAAGAAAAUUAUCCGUAACACGCACUGCAUUACGGAUAAAAAAAACAAAGUUUUAUCAAUAGCGUUACUGUUUUAUAAUUUCUUUCAAUUUGCAGGAGUUGAAUUUUUCAUAAGAUUAGUUUCAUCCCAUUUGUUGUGUAGUAUUCAUUUCAUUUUUCGUCAUUGUUUAAUUAUAGACUUUGCUUUUGUUGUGUAAUUCUCGGUUUUAAAAGCAAGUAUAUUGUUAUUUUAUUUACUUA